GCUGGAGGGUUGGUCUGUAAAUAUAUUAGUGGUUUAGGACUUUACUCUGUGCUGCUGGUGGGAGCUAGAUGUGACACCUAAAAAAACUUUUUCAACUUUUUUUUUUUUUUUUUUUUUAAAUGAUCAAAAUCUGUUGAACUUUGAGAUCAGGAUCCUCAGACUGUAGUUUGGGCAGCAGAUGGCUCUGACAGACCGUAACUUAUUCUCCAGGGAGGGGAUGUCGGUUCACACUGGGAAAGACCACAGAAACUGCUCAAAGAGCUUUGUUGGCACAUAGGAAACGUGUAAUUUAGAGUAAGAUGUGAGUGAAACACAACCGUCUCCAGCCGGAUCACUUCCAAGUCACACCGACGAGGCAUUUACUGACCCCUGACCUUGGCUUGUGCAGCAAAGUGUCGUCAGGUUGCUUUAGUGCUCAUCACACAGUCACCUUGGCAAUGACAGUCCGUCUCCUGCUAUGACAUCACUCCAAAGAAAAGGAGAUGAGGAGGAGGAAGAUGAUGUGGAAGAGGUAGGGGGUGGUGGCAUCUCUGGCUCUACAAAACCUCUGCAGCAUCCCAGCUGAUGCCCCAGCAGAACCGCCUCGACCAAAAGAGACAGACGCAGGAGAGCGAAAAAUCCGUCCUCCCAAUUCCACCACGGGGAAAGAGAAGAGGAGGAGCAAGCCAAGUGAGAAACGGAUGCUCUCAGCAGGUGCCUACAAGUGAGAGGAAACUGGGAGGUGGAGAAGAGAGAGCAGAAGAUACCAAAAGCCUUGAGAGUAUAAACAGUUUUUGUUCCCCCCACCCACCCGUCUCUACCGCCAUGCUGUGUCCUGUGCUCCUCUGUGCCACUUUGCUCCUUCUGACUCCGUUCGAGGUCACAGAGGCUCGUGCUCUGCAUCCCUCUACUGAUGCUGUGCAGUUUGUGGAGCAGUUUUUGGACCGCUACAAUGACCUGCUGACCCUGGACGACCUGGAGAACCUGUUGAACAGCCAGCCGGAGGAGCAGUCCACCCUCUCCUCCGGGGUCAAAGCGGCAGAGUACCCCAAGUGGGCCGACCUGCAGACGCAGCCAGAGACCCCGUGGUUCCGCCUGCUGAAGGGCGCCCUUACCAACCAGAAACGGGCAGAACCCGACAGGUCACGGAGGGGGUGGAACCGAGGAUGCUUUGGGCUGAAGCUGGACCGGAUCGGGUCAAUGAGUGGACUGGGCUGUUAGUCAUAAGAGGAAAGCAAAGACUGGCGAUUUAUUUGGUAGAAUAAGCAUUCAUCUGCAAAGAAGAGUAUCAACACGUAGACUCCAUCCUGUCUGUUAUCUGGUUACUGAUGUGGUUUAUCCACUUUAUCCCAUGUGCUCUGAACUAAAUAUAUGCAUCAUGUGUCCAUCAAAGUAUUCUCCUGGAUUGUCAGGCUUGUUUCUGAAAUAAUCUUAUGUCUCUGAGUUUCCCUGACUGUCGUAAAUGUAGAAAUGUUUUGACAUUUUGCGGUCAGGAGACUGACUAAAAGCAUCUGUUACUGACGUAGAUAGCCAAAGAUGAUGGCACCUGUGAUCCCUGCAGUUUUCUUUUUAUGUUCACUUAUGAUUUGCAUGAAUAAAUGGAUUUGACAUUUGUGA